AUAAAGCAGCUCGCCCCACCGCACGAAAACCCUCCCCAUAAUCUUUCUGCAAACGUCUGCUUUCUCUCUCUGUAAUCGCCGGAAUUUUACCGGGAAAGCUGCAUCCUAUUGAUCCUCCGAGAUCAGAUCUCCUUCGCCCGGAAAAAGCGCCGAUCGUAGCUCGUUUCGUCUGAAUUUCUGCAUGAAGUCAUCUUUGUAGUGUGGGAUUGUAGUCGGCUACAGUAAUCGAAUCAUGGGUGAUGAUGAUUAUUACAUGAGUGGCGGCAGCGAGGAGGAGGAGGAUUACUAUGGGUCCGAUCAAGAGGCGGAGUCGCUCGACGGGCUCGAAAACGAUGAGUCCGACGAUCGGUGGGCCCAGUCCAAAGCCCCGUCUUCAAAGAUAAUUACAAAAGAGUCUCUGUUGGCUGCUCAGAGGGAAGAUUUGCGAAGGGUAAUGGAUUUGCUAUCAGUGAGGGAACACCACGCCCGGACCCUUCUGAUCCAUUACAGGUGGGACGUUGACAAACUGAGUGAAGUUUACGUCGAUAAAGGGAAAUCUUGCAUGUUAUCAGAAGCUGGUGUGACCGGGGUUGAACUUAACGACCUUGAUCCACCUGAAACUUCCUCCACAGUAAUGUGUAACAUCUGCAUGGAUGAAGUGCCCUCAGAAGAUUUGACCAAAAUGGACUGUGGCCACUGCUUUUGCAACUCUUGCUGGACAGGACAUUUCAUAGUCAAGAUAAAUGAGGGCCAAAGCAAGAGGAUCAAGUGCAUGGCCCACAAAUGCAACGCCAUAUGUGAUGAAGCUAUCGUCCGAAAGCUAGUCAGUGUGGAGCACCCCGAUUUAGCAGAGAAGUUCGAAAGGUUUCUUCUCGAGUCGUACAUCGAGGACAACCGCAUGGUCAAGUGGUGCCCAAGUGUGCCACACUGUGGGAAUGCAAUACGCGUGGAGAAUGAAGAGAUGUGUGAGGUGGAGUGCUCGUGUGGCCUGCAGUUCUGUUUCAGUUGCCUGUCAGAAGCCCAUUCCCCUUGCUCGUGCUCAAUGUGGCAGCUGUGGGCGAAAAAAUGUCGUGACGAGUCCGAAACAGUGAAUUGGAUGACGGUGCACACCAAGCCUUGUCCCAAGUGUCACAAGCCGGUCGAGAAGAACGGCGGUUGCAACCUGGUCAGUUGCAUAUGCGGGCAAGCAUUUUGUUGGCUUUGCGGUGGGGCCACCGGUCGAGGGCAUACGUGGUCCCAAAUCGAUAAUCACAGUUGUGGUCGCUAUAAGGAAGACAGCGAGAAGAAAGCCGAGCGCGCAAAACGUGAUCUUUAUCGUUACAUGCACUAUCACAACCGUUACAAAGCUCAUAUGGACUCCUCCAAGCAAGAAUCUAAGCUAAGGGAAACUAUAAAGGAAAAGGUGUCUCAUCUGGAGGCUCGGGACUCAAACUUGAGGGAUUUCAGCUGGGUCACAAACGGGCUCUACAGGCUCUUCAGAUCUAGACGGGCCCUUUCGUAUUCGUACCCUUUCGCUUUCUACAUGUUCGGAGGUGACCUGUUUAGAGGCGAGAUGACAAAAGAGGAGUGCGAGAUAAAGCAGAACUUGUUCGAGGACCAGCAGCAGCAGCUCGAGUCGAACGUUGAGAAGCUGUCCAAAUUUUUCGAGGAGCCAUUUGAAGAGUAUCCCGAUGAACAAGUCAUGCAAAUAAGGAUGCAGGUUAUUAAUCUCUCUGUGAUCAUUGAUGACCUCUGCAAAAAGAUGUAUGACUGUAUCGAGGACGACUUAUUGGGAUCACUCCAAUUUACAAUUCACAAUAUAGCUCCUUACAAUUCAAAAGGGAUUGAGAAGGCAGAGGAACUGAAUGUUGAAUCAUACAUGAAGAAUGAAUGUCAAAUGGCUGCUGAUCGGUCCGCCGGCCUGAUAGAACUUGGGCAAUCAUCGGCAUCUGUGACUUGGGCCGAUAGCCCUAAUUCAUCUCGCAAGCGACCUAGAAAAGGAAGCAACACAGAUAGUGUGUUUGAUCUCAACUUGCCAGCCGAGUAAAGUAAUAAAAAAAAGCUCCUAAACAUAAAAGAUUUGCAGCAAAAUAGCAAAUGCUUUCGUAAGUUUAAUUUGGUAUUCGGUUCCUUUGUCUUAUUUAUUUCACGAACUGUUUUGGAGAUAUAGCUCGUGGAACAGUAGAAAACAUCGCUAAUUCAACUCUUUAUGUAUAGUAAGUCUUUUUUGUUUACUCUUUUGUGAGUCCAUAUAUUGAUGAUCUAUAUAAUGUGUUCAUAAGGGAAGGUAUAUAGGUGGAAGAUGGAUGUAUUUAAAACUAUUAGUAGGAUAAUGUUAUUGUAGGGUUCGAUUCUCAUUUUGCGUUGGUAGUAACCGUGCAGAAGCUUUAUGGCUC